ACCCGCGACGCGGACCAGGAGGAAUGAUGGCGGCGGCACCGGCGAAGCUCGAGAAGGAGACCGAAGACUGGUCUUUGCUGCCUUUAGUUCACGACAUUAUAAAGUGCAUGGACAAGGACAGCCAGGAUGUGCACCAAGAGCUGGCCAAGCUGAAGACGAAGAUCCAGGAGGCUCGGGAGCAGAUCAACAGCAUGCCGGGGGUGGAGAGCAGCCCGCAGGAGCAGCAGCUGCAGCUGGCCGCGCUGCAGGAGCAGGUCCGCACCAAGAACCAGCUGCUGCAGAAGUACAAGAGCCUCUGCAUGUUCGACGUGCCCAAAGCCUCCUGACAUCGCACCGACUGGAGGGAAGCGAAGACACGGUCGAGAUGAGGGAGAAAAAACACUCGUAUAUUGACUAUGAACAUGCGUGAAGCCCCGAGGACUGGGCUGGGAUUCCUUCAUCCCUCUGCCGGGGCUUUUGAACGGGAUGCAUUCUUUUGUUGGCAUAUUUGCUUUGUGGAGUUGACGUAUAUCUGUUGUAGAUUUUCAUUUUUUUCCCCAUAUUGUAAUAAAAGGAUUCAUAUAUUUAUACUUCACAUUUUAA